AUGUAUCAAGCCCUUCUGGCUUCAGGAGACCUCAAGUCUGCAAGGAUUGUGCUGAGCAAAAUGCCCAAGGACGAUCCCCACGUGCGCCUCAUCAUCCAAGAAUCCCAAACGGUGUAUGCCAAGAUGAGUUUCGAUCAUCCGACUGAUACGUGGUUGCCUGGUGCCAAGGUUGGAUUCAAUAUACUUACGUCCAACAAGAAAGUUUUGGUGGCAUGGAGAAAUUUACAUGAUCCAGCUCCCGGGAUGUUCUCUGCAUUCGCGGGAGUGGAAGGAAGAGCUCAGUAUUCGCUAUAUAAAAGGUCGGAAGCCUACGGGAAUAGUGGCGACUGGACUGGUGAUGAAUUCAGGCAUCAGCGCUCAGUAAUGGUAGAAACGUGUACUUAUGCUUACACUACCAACUGUCUGCUAUGGACGGAUGCCAAAUUUGUAGUUGAACAUUCAGCCGAUGAUGCAAUUUCAAGAGAUUUCCAUGUCCGGAUCACAGCGUUGGACUCGGAAGAGACUUUUCUCGUGGUCCUUAGCAUUUCGCUGGUGGCUAUUAAGAUGAGACGGCCUGCUUAUGCAGUAGACGAUCAUUUGAUGCAUUUUGAAUAUCGAGUUCUGAAGAAGGCAACAAAUAACUUCUCUGAGAAAAUCGGGGAAGGUGGGUUUAGUUCUGUUUUCAGGGGAGCACUGCCAGAUUCAACUCCCAUAGCAGUGAAGAAACUCAUGAACCAAAGCCAAAAAAGGUUCCAACACCUCGAUUGGAAAACCAGAUACGGCACUGCCAUCCGGAUUGCUAAAGGAUUGGAGUACCCCCAUGAAAGGUGUCGGGAUUGCAUCUUACACUAUGACAUCAAACCAGAGAAUAUGCUGUUGGAUUCAGAACUCGAACCACAGAUUGCUGAUUUCUGCCUCGCAAAACUCAUGGGAUGGGAAGUCAGCAGCGUCAUUACCACCGUGAGGGGAGCCAGAGGGUACCUUGCUCCAGAAUGGAUUUCGGGAGGAGCCAUCACGUCGAAAGUCGACGUUCUCAGCUACGGAAAGCUGCUCUUUGAGAUCAUAUCGGGAAAGAGAAACAUCGAGGAGCUAAACAGUGAUAUGCGCGAUUAUCUACCGCUCCAGGUAGCCAAUUCACUAGCCAGAGGAGAAGAAGUCUUGCCACUCGUGGACUGCAGAUUGAACGGACAGGUGGAGAUGGAAGAAUUGUGCAGAGCAUGCAAAGUCGCUUGCUGGUGCAUUCAAGACAGCGAGCGUGAUAGACCAACCAUGUCUCAGAUAAAGAGGGAUGUGGAGAUGCAGGGAGACUUCAUCAGCUCCCUGAUCAAAGAGGUCGAGAGAGCCAAGUUCACAAACAUCAAGUAG